UGUUGUGUGGUCAAUAAUGGCGGCGGAAGGCACAGAGGACCUGGGCAACAACGGGGAACUCACAAACCCUUCAGUGACAGAGCUUUAUGAGCCUGAGGUUGCAGACCUUCCCAAGACAGAUGUUGAGGAGUCAGCGGAGAGUGGUGCAGAUGGAGGGGACACAGGCGUCCCAACAACACCCUACACAGCGGAAGGAGAAGAGGAGGAAGAGGGAGAGAUGCCUGCAGACUUCCAGAGACUUUGGAAACUUACCAGCGACAAUCCUCAAGAUUUCAACAGCUGGACUGACCUCCUGCAGUAUUGUGAACAAGAGGGCCACAUGAGAGCUUGCCGUCAAGCCCUAAAUGCGUUUCUGCUGAGGUAUCCUCUGUGUUACGGUUACUGGAAAAAGUUUGCGGAUCUUGAGAGACGGGCCGGUCACGUCGAUAAGGCUGAAGAGGUGUGUAAACGAGGUUUGAAGGCAGUCCCUCUCAGUGUUGAUCUCUGGAUUCACUACAUCAACCUGCUGCUGGGAACGCUCAACAUGAACCUGUCUGAGUCAACACAGCGCAUCCGCAGUGUGUUUGAGGAGGCAGUUGCAGCCGCUGGCUGGGACUUCCAUUCAGACAGGCUGUGGGAUCUGUAUGCCGAGUGGGAGAAGGAGCAGGGCAACCUGAAUUUCAUUACCAGCGUCUACGACCGAGUACUGAGGGUCCCCACACAGCUCUACAACACACAUUAUGAAAAACUGAAAGCUCACCUAACCUCCCACCCGCCUCAGGACGUCCUGUCCACUAAGGAGUACAGAAAGGUGAGGAAUGAGUACAAACAGAGCCAGAUUCAAGCCAAAAAAGAGAGAUCUGAUAUCAGUGCUGAAGAAGAAGAGAGACCGCCUGGGGAGGAAGAGCCUGCAGACAAUGGCAAGGACACGGAAGAAGCAGUGCAGAAGAUGCAGGAGCUCCUAAUGGCCAGCAGAGAGGAAUUGUACCAACAAAAUGAAGCAGAAGUCAGGAAGAGAUGGAACUUUGAAGAUGCUAUUAAAAGGCCUUAUUUCCAUGUGAAGCCUCUGGAUAAAGCCCAGCUGAAAGCCUGGCAGAGCUAUCUGGAUUGGGAGAUUGCAGAAGCUGAAACAGCAGCAGUGGAUGCUGAAGGGGCGGCUGUGGAAGGCCAUGAAGGCUCAAAACAAGAGUGUGUAGUUGGGCACAAGAGAGUACUAAUUCUGUUUGAACGCUGUCUCAUUGCUUGUGCACUUUAUGAGGAAUUCUGGAAUAAAUAUGUGCAUUACCUGGCACCACACAGGCUGGAGGAGGUGCGUAAUGUGUACCGCAGAGCUUGUGAAAUCCAUCUUCCGUACAAACACAGCAUCCACCUUCAGUGGGCCUUGUUUGAGGAAAAACAUGGUAAUAUUACUGAGGCACAGCGUAUUCUAGAAUCACUUGAGAUGACAGUGCCCGGUUUGGCCGCGGUGUGUCUGAGAAGAGUGGGUCUGGAGCGGAGAGCAGGACGUUUGGAUGUGGCGGAGGCACUGCUGAAGGAGACGGUGGAGAAGAGUAAAGACAACCCCCAACUCCAUGCCUUCUACUCCAUCAAACUGGCUCGCUUUCUUCACAAGCUGUGCAAGAGCCCUUCCAGGGCCCGCACUGUUCUACAGGAAGCCAUAGAGCUGAGUCCGGAUAACGGUAGAUUGUAUCACAACCUUCUGGAGCUGGAGAUGUCAGGUGACCUGCGGGCUAAUGGAGGUGGGAUUCUGCAGUGUGUGGCCAAAGCCCUUGCUGCUCCUCUCUCCCCAAAGACCAAAAUCCUUUUCUCCCAACGUGGCCUGCAAUUUGCUGAGGACUUUGGGACCACAGUACAGAGGUCAGAAUUAAUUCAAACCAUUCUGGGUAGCUUCAGUGAUAAAACAUGUAUAUUAUGUUACAUUACAAAUGUAUUAUUAUUACUGAGUUUACUUAAAUGUUCCUUAACAUUUGUCUUGUAUAUUGUCAGUGUGUUGAGCAUGUAUGAGGAGCACCAGAAACUGCUGAAGGAACAUGAUGCAAAGAGACAAGCAGAGAAUGGCGAUAACGAUGAGACAGAAAAGAUGAGCAAAAUGGAUGAUGCAUCUGCCUUGACAGUGCCACAGACGGCUCCACCCACAAUGCCUCAUGUUCCCAUGACAACACCACCUCCCUCUAUGAUGGGCGGAGACAUGAGCGGAUCAUAUGGGAGUUAUGGCAGCUGGUACCAGCAGCAACAGUAUGGAGGGUAUGGCAGCUACCAGAACCCGUGGAACCAGUACAAUCAAUACUACCCUCCCAACUAAGUCCCUUCAAAAACGGAGGUCUGGGGUGCCGCUUCAUGUGAUCCACUCACACAUCCUCAAUCCUCCAAAAGCCGCAGCAGUGUAUAUAAA